AUGCAGUCCCUGCUAAACCUGCGAGUUACUCAUGGGGUUCCACUUUGUCUCUCUGGAAUCACCAACCCUCUUUCUCUCUCUAAGGAGAUAGCAGAUCAUGACCGUAGGAGGAAGGCCAUGAAGAGGCAAAGAUCACUGGCCAGAGAUGGUGUGCAUGCAAAUCAUCAGCAAAAGGGUACCCUCAUCACAAACUUUGAAACCUAUUCUGAGGAGAUCAUGCCUAAAAAAUAUGGAGAUCUUGAUUAUGUCAUCCUCUAUCAUCUGUUUCAAACUCAACUCGGUUUAACAGCAAAAGCUGCAUAG